AUGGCCAAUAAAGGUACUUCAUCAUUGGCGGUGUCUAUACAUAAAAUUCAACAAUAUCUUGAUUGUAGGUAUGUCUCAUCGAGUGAGGCAUGUUGGAGAAUAUUUUCUUUGAAAAUUCAUACUCGAAAACCUAUUGUUGAACAUAUGUUUUUCCAUCUCAUUGGAGAAAAGGUUGUAUCUUUCACUGGUUUUGAAAGAGUAGAAAAUGUACUUGAUAAUACUAGUGCCACUAAAUUUAUGUUUGCAGCGUGGUUUAUUGUAAAUGAAAAGUAUGAAGAGGCAAGAACCCCGUCUUACGACCAGUUUGUAACAAAGUUUGGCUAUGAGAAGAGAAGUAGAUCAUGGAAACCAAGGAAGAAAGGUUUUUCCAUUGGGUGGUUAGUAUGGUUUCCACCAACAACUGGUGAAUUAUUCUAUUUGAGAAUGAUGUUUACUGUAGUGAAAGACACGACAUACUAUGAGGAUAUUCGUAAAGUAGGUGAAACAUAA